AUGGUAUAUUCCUUCUUUGUGGGCAUGUUCGUUGGUCUCCCAAUCGGCUGCUAUUUGAGAGAAGUAGGCUACGCUAAUAAGUUCAAAUCAGCUUACAAAAUUUUCUUCCCUGAUCAAGGAAUAAUGAAGAGUGAUAAGUUAAAGAAUAAGAGUGCUUAAUUCUUUGAAAGUCUUAAGAGAGGAGAAGUAGAAGCUAAAGACUUUGAGAAAUAUGUAUAUGGAGGUCAGCAUAAUAAUAGAUAGUCAGAUGUUAAAGAAGUUGAAAAGGAAUAGCAAAAAUUACAAAUCCUUAGAGAUAUGAAGAGAGAAUUGUGA